AUGGCUGAUUCUGGGACGGAGGUAGUAGGCGGAUCUCAUGGUGAGGAGAGAGAGGGAUACGAAGCAAAGGGCGCGGGUGAGGUUGUGAACCCUCUCUCGUCGGGAUCUGGAGUAGAGUGCCCCUUCGGGUUUGGAGGUGGCAGCUCGGAUAAGUGGGAGAAAAUAGCUGCCCGACGGUCGGAGGCUGUCGAUCCGAGAAAUAUGAUGCCGAAGUUCAGUCAGGAAAAGGCCCCGGACCAGAGGGUCGACCUUAGCGUUGAGAGGGAGAAGAGCUCAAUUCCCAAGACAGGAUCAGAGGGGACGUGGGUGUAUCCCUCGCCGCAACAGUUUUAUCACGCGUUACGACGACGUAAUAAGAGUGCUGAGGCCGACAGUAUGGAUGCGGUAGUGUAUGUUCACAAUAGGGUCAAUGAGCGCACGUGGGAGGGCAUACUUGAGUGGGAGAAGACACUACAUCCGGAUUGCCUCGAACCGUCGUUGCAACGGUUUGUCGGCCGAUUCAACGACCUUUCUCUCCGAGCACAACUGCAUGGGUGGUUAUAUGGUCGGCCUCGUCCAUUUGAUCGCCACGAUUGGUUCAUAGACCGAUGUGGGCAGCGAACGGUACGGUAUAUAGUAGAUUAUUACGAUGAGCCAACGGAGAAGGCUGAUGAGGGCGGUUUCGAUGUUGUUAUCGAGACCCGACCGGCAGCUCUGGACAGCGCGGGGAAUUUUUGGGAUUGUGUACGCAUGCGAGCACGACGGUUAUUCAGCAUGGACUGA